AUGAAUAUUUCCAAAUAUGUCAUUUUGUUUUGUGUGUUAUUAAUUAAUAACGCAGGGUAUCAUUCAAUCUAAUUAUAGAUUUACUACUUAAAAUCUAUCAAAUAAAUAUUAAGAUGUCGACUAUGAUUUUGGAAUUGAAUAAAAUAAUUAAAUUUCUUUAAUCAAACAAAAAUAACUAAACAAAUAUGAUUAAACUUUAGUAGAUUUGCAAACUCAAAUGAUUCAAAAUAAUAAUUAAGAAUUAGAAGAUUUUAAUAUGUUGAUGUAAACAAAUAUUAAGAAUGUUUCAUCCAAUGCUUUAGAAUAGAAUGUUUCAGAAAUAUUAAAUGCUAAUGAAUAUCAAAAUUUAUAAGAUAUAUAAUCCAAAGAUUUAUAAUAAUCAUAAUUAUUAAUAAGCGAAGAUUAUGAAGUAUAUGAUAUUGUAAAUCCAGAAGAAGAGGUUACCUAAAUUUCUUAGGAAAAAUUUAGUAAUGUUAAUCCAUAAAUUAAUUAAGGAGAAGAUAAUUAUUAAAAUAGAGAGGAAUCUAAAAUAUAAGAAGCAGUUCAGAAUAUUACUGAAAACUAAAAAACUUUUAGUAAUGAAACAGGUUAUAUCAGCGAUUCACCUUUAGAUAUUAAUCUAUCUAAUAAUUAGGAGGAUAUAAUUAAUAGCUUAAGCAAAAAGGAUGAUUAAUUAAAUUAUGAUAAUUCCACUUCUAAUACUAUUAAUUAAACAAUAGACUCUUCUUAAAAUCAAUAUUUAAAAUAAAAAUUACCCUUGAAAGAAUAUGAUGAUAAUAUUAAUCAAAAUCAAAUGAAUAAUUAAGAUAUAGAAGAAUUAAGUAAUAAAAAUUAAGAGUAGGAAAGUUUAUCAAAUCCUUAAAAUACUUCCUAAAAUAAUCUAAAUGAUUAUGAUAAUUAAGGUUCGAGCAAAGAUUAUUAACAACAAAAAACUUAGGAUUCCUUACAUUAAGGUUACAUUAUUUAAAAUAACGUUGAAACAGAUGAUUACUUAAAAGAUAUUCAAAAUGAUGAAAAAUCUUCUGUAUUGUAGUAGAAUCUAUAAAAUAAAUUACAAUAAGAAGAAGAGUAUUUAAAAUAGUUAAAAAUUAUUAAAUAAGAAGAUGAAAAUUAAUUAAAAGACAUAGAAGAAAAAGAAAAAUUCAUACGCGAUUCAGAAUAAAAUGAAGAAUAAUAAAUAAUUUAGAUAAAUAAACAACUUUAAAUUCAUGAAAAUUAAUUACAAGAAAUGGUUACUCAAAAUGAAAAUGAUUAAAAUUUCAUAAAUAAUGAAUAAGAAAUUAAUGAUUAAACUUAAUUUCGACCUUAUGAAGGUUAAGAACUAAUUAUUUCUUCAGAAGUAAAUUAUGAUGAAGGAAAUAUUGAACAAUUUGAAAAUACAGAAGAAAUGAUAGUUGAAACAUAUCAAAAAUUAUAUGAACAAAAUGAUGAUUAUAAAUAAGACAAUUAAGAUUAUUAAAUAAAAUCUGAAGAAAAUUUUUAAUAAAGUGAUUUUUCGGUAGGUAAUUAGGAAAAUACAUUAGAUGAAAAAUUUGAUAAAUCAAUACCUGCAGAACCAUAAGAAAUAUCAAUUGAUUUGAAUUUAACCUCUGAAACCUCUUAAUCUAAAAUCUAUUUAAGCAAAGACAUAUUAAUAUAUGCAAAUGACUAAUAAAAAUCUGAUAUUAAAUCUGGAUUACCAAAAAUUGGUUAGACUCAAAAAGCUAAUCCUGAAGAAAAAUUAACCAAAUAUGAAGAUAAAGAAAACAUGAAUGAGAAUCUCUAAAAUACUUUACAUGUAGAAUAAUAAAAUGAAAACAAGGAGGUUAAUAAUGAUUUAAAUGAAAAAGUGAGUAGCAAUAUAUAAGAUGAAAAGAAGUAAAUUAUUAAUACUGAAUUAAAUAAUUCAUAUCUUAGGGAACCAUAGUUUGAUGAGAAAUCUUAAUAAAAUGUUAAUCCUUAAAUCAAUUUAACUCAAAACAAUAAAUAAGAAUUUGCUUAAAUUUAAAAUUUUAGUAGCAAUAUAAUAAUUUAAUCAGAUAAUUUGCUAACUUUUUAAGUGAAGAAAUAUCAAAAUUAAAAUCAAUAAUUUCUAAACGAAUAAUCAUUUUAACAGAUUUAAUAAUAAUUGACAAAAAAUAAUUUAAGAGGAUCUAAGAAGAGCUAAUCAGAUUUUUUAAGUUCUAUAUUUGUUUCUUAAAGUAUGUAAACAAAAUAAUUAAUAUUACUUAGAAGAUAAAGAGAACACUAAUAAUUCUUAUGA